AUGGAACAUGUUGUUGAAAAGGACAAUGAUUUAAAAUUUGUUUCAUAUGAUAUUGGGGUUGAUGAUAAAUCGAUAUUUGAUCUUAUUUGGACGUUUCUUAAAACAUCACCAGAAUCAUUUGGCUGGACCAGAGAUGACAAUUUAAAUAUGUUUCAUUAUAUUGAUAUACUCGACCGUGGCUCUCAAGCUGUUGUUAUGAAAGUUAAAAUUCUCAAUGAUAAUCAAAUACAGGGUGUCCCAAAAGUCCCGGAAAAAGUAAAAUGUCAAUAUCUUUUUUUACUACUCAAUCAUUUUUCAUGAACUUUUCGCCGUUUAAUAGGAUAGAGUGAAGUGGGGCGAUUAUGUAAAAUUUUGUCGAGCUCUUCGGUAUUUAUCAAAGAACUUUUUUUAAUUUUACAGAUUUUUGUGUGCGGUUUGUGCAGUCAUGUAAUUGAGACUCUUAGCUACCUACCUGUGAAAAAUCUUCAAAAAAUACCUUCGCAAUAACGAUCUUCCAA